AUAAAGGAUGGAACUUAGGCAAACAGAAGCCAUGCCAAAUGCAAGCUGGAGAUUUUCUCUUCUUUUAGAAGUCCCUCCAGGAACGGUGACAGCACCCUGGGCAUCCUGUUCCGAUGUUUGACAACACUUCUGGCUGAAGAAACCAAUCGAAAUAGCCGACUUAAGCCUUUUCAGAUACAGCCCAAAGACCGCCCCAGCCGGGUUCCCCCGCAGGAGCCGCUACGGCCGCUCCCGGGCCGGGCCGAGCAGCAGCUGCAGCCCCGGGGCCCGGCCGGAGCUGCCGCUGGCACCGAGGCUGAGCGGGACGUCGGGGCCCAAGGCAGCGGGAGCCCGUGAAGAGCCGCCGCCGCACCGAGGGAGCCCUCCCUGCCCGGAGCCACCAGCCCGAGCUCAGCAGAUGUUGAAAUUGUGGCAGAUUCUUGGAGGAGAAGCUUCCAUUGCCCCACCCUGAAAUGGCUUCUUUCUUGGAGGAGGAUGUCAGCGUUGUCCCUGAGUGUUCAGGGGAGCAGCCUGUCAACAGGGCUGCAGCUGAGACAGCCUUGCCUGGCAACACAAGCAGUGGGAACAGUUCCCUGGAGCCCGAGGAGCCUGAGCUCCACCUGCUGUAUCUCGCCAGGAGGGCUGCCCUGCGCAGGCGGAAGUGCCCGAGCUCCCAGCCAGGGCCGGCCCUGGUGGGUGCCGAUGGUGGCCGCGCUGCGGGGCCGCAGCUCCUCGUGAAGAGCCCCAACUGCUGCCCCGAGGUCCCUGCAGACACCAAGAGACUGAAGAGAUACCAGAAGGAGAACCUGCCGGGCGGCCUGGAGGUGUUCAGCUCCUCUUCAAGCCACUCCCAGCAGCACCUGGACUCAGCCCUGAGCAGGGACCUGCAGCUGCCACCCUCGAGCCACCUGUGCGGCCCCUCCAGGACAAGUGAAGCUACUUCUGGAUUGCUCCCAGAGCGGGCAGGAGGGACUUGUUGUGGCCCACCGCAGGAUGCAGCCCAGGCAGAACUGGUGGCAACAGGGCAGAACUGAAGCCGCAUCAUCCCAAGUCUCCUGGCAGAUGGGGCAGUUGCUGUCUGUCCCUGUGGCCAUCCGUGUGCUCUGCAGCACGUUGGGGACAGAUGAAGACCAGGAGCUGCUCCCCUCGCUGCUGUCACAUGCUGCAGGAGGGAGAGGCCAUAGUCACUGGCUGUGCCAAGGAGAGGAAUAAAAGGCAGGAAAUGCCCAGGUGCUGGAGAAGGACACCCUCCUGUCUCCCUGAGCCAUGUCACCUGCCCCACGGCCACCGCAGGGACACGAGGGUGUCACCCUCAGUCUGCACCUGCUAUGCCAGCUUGCCCCAAGCGGGCAGGGUGGGGAAACAGGAGUCAUGGCUCUGGGAUGGGCACUGGGAGCUGCUGAAUUUUCUGACAUCAGCUCCAACACACCACCCAGUACUAGAAAGGCCUGACUUCACCCUCCAGACCUUGCAGUCUUGGUUGGCGGAAGUCAAGGUUU